CGAAAGCCGCAGCGUCAUUCCUGAUCCAUGUUCCCGGGCUGCUGCGCCUGCGCCGUUCGCGGGCUGGGUGCAUCGGUUGGCGGGAGCGAUGGCGGCCGCGGCCGCGGCCGGCGGCGACUCGGACGGCGACAGCGAGGAGUUGGUGCUCACCCCAGCACAGCUGAUCCACAGCCUGGAGCAGGCCUGGCUGAAUGAGAAAUUUGCUCCAGAACUGCUGGAGAGUAAACCUGAAGUCAUCGAGUGUGUUGUGGAGCAGCUGGACCAUAUGGAAGCAAACCUGAAGCGGGGAAAGAGAGGAGACCUGAAAGUCAGUGUUCACCACAUGGAGAUCGAAAGGAUCCGUUAUGUGCUCAGCAGCUACUUGCGGUGUCGACUGGUGAAGAUAGAGAAGUUUUUUCCCCAUAUCCUGGAGAAGGAGAAGUCUCGAGCUGAAGGGGAGCCCUCCAUUUUAUCACCAGAGGAGUUUGCUUUUGCUAAAGAGUACAUGGCAAACACAGAGGCUUACCUGAAAAAUGUGGCCCUAAAACACAUGCCUCCUAACCUGCAGAAGGUGUCUCUCCUAAAAUCAGUUCCAAAGCCCAAUCUGGACUCCUUUGUGUUUCUGAGGGUGCUGGAGCGGCAGGAGAACAUCCUAGUGGAGCCAGAGACAGAUGAGCAGAGGGAAUAUGCCAUCAACCUGGAGGAGGGCUCGCAGCACCUGAUCCGUUACAGAACCGUGGCCCCUCUGGUGGCCUCAGGAGCCGUGCAGCUCAUCUGAGAGGAGAGGCUUUUCCAGGUGUGCAGCGGGCGGGCUGUCGUCCCCCCAGCCAUGCCCGUGGACCUGGCCGUGCGACUCUGCCUGAGCCAUUCGCCUCCCAUCCGCAAGCUGCUGAACUCCUACGAGGAGCUGCGGGGCAACCGAGGCUGCAAACCCCUCCGAUCCUGUCUCAACCAGAAGCUGAGUGCAGAACCUGAGCCGGAGCAGCAAGACAGUACCAAGAGCUCGAAGGGCCAGAAGAAGAAGCAGGUCGUGUUUGCUGAUAUGAAGGGGCUCUCAUUGACAGCUGUCCGCUUCUUCUCAAAGAUUGAGGAGGACCUCUGUGAUUUGCAGCAUGCCCUGUCAGACCUUGCCUGUUUCCGACCUAGGCUGUGGGACUUAUGCCCAGAAGCGUGCAGGUAUGUGCUGGAUUUCCCACAGCCGUCUGCAAACUAUGUGGCUUUCCGCAACAGCCUGCACAGAAACUUUGUCUGCCUGGAGAGCUGUGUGAUCCAGGAUCGUGCUCUGUCAGGGACAGUGAAGGUUAGGAACAUUGAGUACGAGAAGAAAGUGAUGGUCCGCAUCACCUUUGAUGGCUGGAAGAGCUUCCGGGACAUCUCUUGCCAGUACAUGCACAGCUCAUACGGCUCAGCUGACACAGACAUCUUCUCUUUUGAGCUUACCCUGCCCAAGCCAUCCAUUUCCCAUCGGGGCACAGAGUUUUGCAUCUUCUUCCAGUGUGGACAAAAGACCCACUGGGACAACAACAGUGGGAAGAACUACAAGAUCUGCCACGUGGGCAUGAUCCGCCCUGCCUCCCAUGCUGUGAAGAGUGCCAGCAGGGCCUGGGAGCAUCUUGGCACCUCUGGGACUGCUGCUCUAGUCCUUUCUCACCUGCAGACCUGGCAGCAUUCAGAGACGCAAGCUCCUUAUUGGUAGGAAGGCAGUGUGGGGAGAGAUGUAGGUCCGCUCCCUGUCCCAACUGGUACAGUGGUCUUUGGGGAGGGGUCAGCUGCAGCAGAUGCUGCUCACGGUUUUGGUAGCUCCUUCAUGGCCUGCUGUGAGUAGCUGCCAGUCUCUGCAGAAGUUUCUUCACUUCUUGCUGCUGCUACAGAGGCUGGAAGCUACUGCUUGAGUAACUCCUGCGUGUAGGUGCUCAGGGCAACAUGAGUAUAGGGGAGUGACAAGGGAAGGGCUAUGGGCUGGGAGCCGCGGCCAUGUCUGAGCCAGCCCGGGAGCUGCGGGGGCCGGUGCUGCCCAAGUGCCUUGUGUGGAGGGAGCUGCUGGGAACGGGGUACGAUCCUGGCGCUGCCCGGGCCUCCUGCUGCAGGUGCUCUCCAAACCACGGUCGCGAGAAGGGCUCACCGUGGGGUUACUGCGCCAGCUGCGGCGGCGUGUCUCCGGUCGUUGGUGCUGUAACGGGGAAUUAAUAAAGUGACGGCGCUUCGCGA